ACACUGGAUUCGGUCUGGGAAGCUUGCUAUCUCAAGCAAACGGACGCCAGAAGGUUCUCCAAGACCCCGGUUUCUUAGGGCGCUAAAGGCGGGAAGAGAUAGGGAAGGGGCGAUGGGCUGGGGGAUAAGCUCUGAGUUGUGUGAAGUGUGAUUCUAUGAAGAGGCCUAGCUUUGUAGAAGAAAAAACCCGCAAGUAGGUGCUUUAUUGACGGACCGGAAACUACAUUUCCCAGCAUCCUUAUGGUGAGAGAACGUCAUUGUCCGAAAGCCUGUGCGAGAAUCAACACGCAUUCCGCUUCCCCUUGCUGACCCGGAGCUCCGAGAAUAUGAGCCGCCGCUGGAUUUGGCGGUUCCUGCGCUCUGACGGCAGCGGAAUCCUCUGGACUUCAACUCCCCAUAGGCGACUGUCACCCGCCCUGCGGAGAGGCUUCUUGACCACCACAACUAGGUCGGGUUAUGAUAGAAGACCAGUGGACAUAACUCCUUUAGAACAAAGAAAAUUAACUUUUGAUACCCAUGCAUUGGUGCAGGACUUGGAAACUCACGGAUUUGACAAAACACAAGCACAGACAAUUGUAUCAGUACUAUGUACGUUAUCAAAUGUCAGCCUGGAUACUAUCUACAAGGAGAUGGUGACUAAAGCUCAACAGGAAAUAACAGUCCAGCAGCUAAUGGCUCAUUUGGAUUCCAUCAGAAAAGACAUGGUCAUCCUAGAGAAAAGUGAAUUUGCAAAUCUGAGAGCAGAGAAUGAGAAAAUGAAAAUUGAACUAGAUCAAGUUAAGCAGCAGCUGACUAAUGAAACCAGUCGAAUCAGAGCGGACAAUAAGCUGGACAUCAACCUGGAAAGGAGCAGAGUGACAGACAUGUUCACAGAUCAAGAAAAGCAACUUAUGGAAGCAACCAAUGAAUUUGCCAAAAAGGAUACACAAACCAAAAGUAUUAUUUCAGAGACCAGUAAUAAAAUUGACACUGAAAUCGCUUCUUUAAAAACACUGAUGGAGUCGAGCAAGCUUGAGACAAUUCGUUAUCUUGCAGCCUCGGUGUUCACUUGCUUGGCGAUAGCAUUGGGGUUUUAUAGGUUCUGGAAGGAGAACUGACACUCCUGUUGCUGCUGCUGAUUACUCCAUAGAAUGUACUUACUACAGACUCUUCAAAGAACUUGUGAACUAAAUGAAGUGUUUUGGUAUUUUAUUUUUAUGUUGUACGUUUUUAUGUUAAAAAGCUGUCACUCAGAGCCUGGCUUGAGAUAGAGGUGCACUUACCGUCUGAUAAAGAUAGCAAAAAAAAAAAAAAAAAAAAA